AUGUCUGGUUACAAACGAGUGAGUUUUUACGAGCUUUGUAGACUAUGCGCAUCGAAUACGCAAAAAGAAAAAACUCACAUUUUCCAAGAAGAAGGAAAAAAGAUCCAGCUGCAAAAUAAAAUACAAGUUUGUUUGGCUCUCACGGUCAACGAAAAUGAUUGUUUGCCAAAGGUUGUUUGUUCGAAAUGUCUACGAUCGCUCGAAACCUGCUACGACUUCAGACAGGAAUGCGUUCGAUCCGAAUCGAUGCUAUCCACUUAUUUCAAGAACUUUAGGUACACGGAGGAUUUCAAGAAAUCCGGAAAAGUGUACAUCAAAGAUAUCAAAAGCACCGUGAAUGUAACGAGUACAGAACCUACUACAACUACUCCUACUCCAGUAACUAGUAGUACACAAGCAGCGCCCCAAAACGUUAUUAUUAACACUAAUAGAAACCAACAAAACGUCGAGCAAGUACCGUUCUACACGCUGCAGCUUCCAACGAUCGUUACCAACCCCAACAUAGUAACGAAAACUCAAAAACAAGCCGACAGUUCGAAAAUAACCCAAAACCAAUUCGCCUACAACCUCAAUUUAAUAAACACCGCAAACCUCAGCAAACCGAAGGCGGAAAUCGUCAGUAAUGUGGUAGUCAAUUCCAACGGAGAAGUCAUCAACAUCGCCCACAUGGGAGACUUCGAAACGAUAUUGAACCAAGGACAAGCUUUAAAACCUAAAAGCAAAUUCGUCAAAAGGAAAACCGAAGAUGAAAAUGUCGUUCGAAUCGAUCUAACCGAAUCGGACAACUCCGAUUACGCAUUAGAAGCGAACAAAUACGAUAAAUUACCUCACAUUAAGAACACCUACAAGUCCGAAGAUAAAUCGCAGAAACAAACGGUGAUCUUUCCUAUAUCCGAAUACAACCAGACCUUCAACUCCAACAACGUGGUUUACACUCAACCCAAUUUGAAUUUCGUCAGCAGCAACAGUACUGUAAACGUGAUGACAACAACAGUAGAAACUUCCGCAUUGAACGUUAUAAACCAGAACUUGCAGGAGACGAGCCCGCCGGCUUACACGAACGUCAUAUCGGGCGAUAUACAAGAACCGGAAGAUUGCAAAAUCGACCUACCGAAAUCGGAAAUCCUCCAAAAAACCAACAACUCGAAUCAAAAGCCCCACGUCUGUGAAGUAUGCCAGCGGGCGUUCAAACGUCGAGAGCACCUCUACCAGCACAUCAAACUCCACACGGGCUUUCGCCCUUACAUCUGCGAACAAUGCAACAAGGCGUUCAUGCGCAAGGAGCACCUGCUGCGCCACAGCACGCUCCAUUCGGGCCAGAAGAACUUCACCUGUCACAUAUGCAACAAGAGCUUCUCGAGGAACGACAAUCUGAUCAAGCACCGCAAGACCCACAACAAACAGGCCAGCUACACGUGCGAGUUUUGCAGCAAACAGUUCGUCAUGAAGCACUAUUACAACGCGCACAAAUUGACGCACGAUAAGUUCGUGUCGACCGUUUGGGGGCUCUUGAAGACGUAG